AGGCUGACCAAGCAGGAAUUCUGGCAGCUGGUGCACCAGAGCUAUGGCUCUGAGCUGGGCCUGAACAGUGAGGAGAUGGAGAGCUUCCACUCAUCGUCUGAGGACAACGGGCAGCCUCGAUCCAACAUUUGUGAUGAUUCUGGAGAAAGGGAUGAAAAACUACCUAAAAUGAUGGGUUUAGUUCAGGAACCCAUGCUUCAAACAGAAGGAGAGUUACUCAAUAGACAUGCGUUGCCAGGAGUGGAGUCCCCAACUGAGAAGCAAAUGAAGAAGAGCCCUCUUCUAUCUUCAGAAAGAAAACCUGUUAAGUUAAUCAGGAGCAGAUCUUUAGAAAAGUCCUUGGACCUGAAUGAGAAUGAAAAUCUUCCUGAGAAGAGCAGUGCCUCAGAUAGUGAAGAAGCAGUGAAGGAGACUGCGUCUGAGAAUGAUCUCUAUGGGAGGCUUGUUAUAAACAGAGUUUUCCACAUCACUGCAGACAAGAUGUUUGAAAUCCUCUUCACCAAUUCUCACUUCAUGCAGAGGUUUCUCAAUUCCAGGAGUAUAGUAGAUGCUGUAUCGACCCCUUGGAAUAGAGAUUCCAGUGGCAAUCAGUUGAGGACUUUGACAUACACUGUAACAAUUAACAAUCCACUUUGUGGGAAGUUCACAACUGCAACUGAAAAGCAGAUCCUGCACAAGCAGAGCCAGAAAGGUCAGUCUUACCAGGUGGAUGCUGAAGUACUGACCCAUGAUGUCCCCUACCACGAUUAUUUCUACACUGUGAACAGAUACUGUAUCAGUCGCACAUCCAGCCACAAGUGUCGAUUACGGUGA